AUGACAGAGGUCAUGAACAGCUGUGAGACAGCCGUGGCGGAUUUCGGAGUGAGCGGUACCAGUGAGGACCAGGGCAUUUCUUUUCAGAUCUUCCCUGAUUCUCAUGAGCGGUUUCCUAAGCUGUCCAAGCGUCUGCCGUCGAUUGUGGUGGAGCCCACGGAGGGCGGUGAGGUGGAGAGUGGCGAGCUCCGCUGGCCUCCUGAUGACCUCAGCUCCAAGGUUGAACCCAGAGACGCCCAGGCCCAAGCCACAGGUGAAACGACAGCGGAGGGUUCUGAGGUGGACAGAGCGGUGACAAACUGA